UAUUAUGAAUUAAUCAUCUCAUAAGAGCUACUCAACCCGCUACUAUAUAAACACUCAUCUUGACGUUUAGUUUAGUAAAAUAACAACAAUGGCCCGACAACUUGUUAUUUUAUGCGUCUUGUUUGCUAUUGCAAGCGCCAAACACUUCGCCCCUCGCGAUUUGAUUGACGAAGCAACUCGUCAACUAGAGGAACUCAAACAAAUCGUCCAUGGCGACAUCCUCGUAGCCCACGACGAUCUCUCUGACGCCGCCAUGGCCUUUAACAUUUACGCAAACACAGUUCUGAAAGAAUCAAUCGUUUCUCUGCAAGAGGAAGCCGAAACAAUCCAUGCACAGUUGCAAACCAUCAAAGAUUUGGGACAUGCUGCAGGAAAAGACAUUUCCACUUGCACCAAAGGUCGCGAACCUCAUCUAUUGAGAUUGCCGGGACAUUACGCCGAAGCUAUAACCAACUGCACACGUGGCUUAAUGGGAGAGGCCGGUGCCCUUGCCAAAAACGCGAAAUACAUCGUUGAUAUUACCAUCAACCAAGUCCAUCAUCUUGAACACCAGUUGGCUAAUUGCAAGGGAGAAAUCUUGUGCAUUUCGCCACUGAUUACCGAAAUUGAAUUGGGAAAAAUUCGCCUACCCCAGAACAUUAAGACUGAAGUUCAGGCAACUCAGAGUGUUCUAACCACUUUGAAAAUUUCGUCACAGUCGUGCGGAAACGACCAUGUGGCUGAAUAUACCACAGAGGCCACCAGUAUUCUUGGAGAUAUCACGGCGUGUGUCAACAGGAUUAUUCCGUAGAUUUUGAAGUUUGUUCAAUCAUUUAAAUAAACAAUUAUUCGAAAAAAAAA